UCACCAGGUAACACAUCACAUCACAGUUUCUACAAAGGUCUAAUAAAUUGACAAAUAAUUGCCUUGUCUACUUUCUUAAUGCCGUGUCUCAGAGUACUAACAAAGUGACUGAGCAAAUAUUUCCAACUGUUUUGUAUACACACACUGUUGAGAAAGCAAAAGUUUGCGCCUGAAAAGACCGCAGUAAUUGAGUAAGCAAUGCUGUGUUCUUCUUUCCCACGCCAUGACAGUUACACAAUAGGUUCUAACUCUUAAACAAACGAGAUAAAUAUAGAGAUACAGACAUGCGCAGUUUGAGGGGUGUACUUUGCACAGGUAGACCUGGUUCUGUUGUGUUGAGUCAACAGUGCAAAACGGUCCCCAGCAACGGGGAACAGACAACACAGAAAAGACACCAGACCUGACAAGGAAGAAAAUCCCUUUCCUUAACUCUGCAGCUCAAAAGCUUGAAGGAUGCAGAAACUUAAAGAAGAUGUGGUAUUUUUCUACUCCUCUUGCUUGUGAUGCUCCAUGUCAAUCCUGAGAAGUACUUCAAAGGUUUGAAACUUUGAGAGACAAAACGGAAAACUUUCCAAAAUGGAGGAAAGGGACGUGGAACUUUUGCGAGAUCACCAGCGCGACAUCGUGAAUAAUCUCCGUGUACGAGACAUCAAGUCCUACCUAAUCGAAAAGAAGGUCUUCAACUCCGACAUGUUUGAAGAGAUACAAAUGGAGCCAACGAGAAGGCAACAAGCUGAAAAGUUUCUAGACCUGCUUGUUUUGAGGGGUCCCGAUGCCUUUGGACACUUCUGUGAUGCUCUCAAAAUCGACUACAAUUUCCUCUUUGAAAAACUCACAACGGAUCAAAAGAAAACACCAGAUCAAUCAUCGCUCAAGGAGGAAAACAAAAGACUGAAAAAUGACAACGUAUCAAAAGGAAGGAAACUUGCUGAGGUUUCCAAAGUGUUGUCUUUUCUGUACCAAACGUUGGAAAACAUUGAAAAGGAGCUAUCUGAAGGGGUGUCAUAUGACGAUGUGAUCAAGCUGGUUAAGAAAGGAAUGAGGAAGCUGCAUAAACACCUGCCACUGUCCAGACUUCAAAACAGACGUUCACCAAAGGAGAAAACAGUUUCUGCUCCAAAUAUACAACCUGACAAGAGUAAAGACACCACCACAAAUGUGAACGACAAAAUCAUGACCAAACCGCAACAAACCAAGAGCAGUACAUCAACACUGUUAAGUUCAUCAGAAACUACCGAGAGGACACUAAGUCAGCACUAUACAAAGCAAGAUGCUAAGAAAAGAGAGGGGUGUGAUGAUCUGUCAACUAUCUCAUCUUCAACAGCCUCCCAACCUUCAUCUGAAGAGAACUCAGGGAUGUCAAAAGUACCCUACCAGCAAAGCUUUGAAGGGCUAAUACGUGACAAGCUUCCUACCAAGUCAGAAAAAGAAAGCAACCUCCCCCCUGCACCCAUUAUCUGGAAGGCUAGACAGCAAGUAUCAAAAACAGGAACCAGUCAAACAAAAGAACCAAAAGAUUACACAGAGGCAAAGCACAAACAAGAAAGGACUGGUUUCACAAACUCUUUGUUUACUUCUGAGAGUCAAGGAACGUCCAACACUGUUAACCCAUACAGAGGUAGAAGACACUCUCUUCAACGAACACAGAUACAACCGUUUGGUCAGAUCAGAGUUUCUGGUUUUAAAACUAGUGGUGGUGUGGUCAACAACACUAGUUCAUAUCCUGCACAUGCGUUUCAGCCAAUCCAGGUUCAGGCCUGGAAAACAAGAUCUAGAGAAGAUGCUAGAAAAGAAGAUCAACCUACGCUUGCGCAGAAAAGAAACUUGCAAAAAAGCCAAUCUCUUCCCAAACUUUAAGGUUUAGUUGAAAAGGAUGUAGCUUACUACAUGUAAGCAAGGAGGUUAAAAAGCAUAGCUGAACCUUGCUCAAGCAUUUUUCUGUUUGAAAUAAAGCAGUGAAAACUUCUAAGUUUACAUGUGUACAUGUUAGUAUAGGACUUACAAAGUCUUGAUGUGUCUGCCUUGACUGCUACAUUUGAAUGACUGUACAUUGUACAAGUUUUGUUAACACUGUUAGAAUCAACACAAUUUCUUAGUUCAUGUGACAUGUUUACCAUGUGCUAUUU